CUUGUAUUAAACAGCUGGGUGGUUAAAUGUAGAAUGGGAUACAGGUUUAAACUUCGGCUACAGAUAUGGUACUACAAGUACUGAGAAGGAUAAAUAUGACGUCGCUGUUUGUGAGGAACCUAGGAUUUUGGAAAAUGAAAUGAUUGCCACAGGAUGCUUAGUCACUAGAGGUCCAGAUUGGGAAUGGGGAGACCAAGAUGGCGGAGCUGGAAGUAUUGGAUCCGUUUACAGAGUUAAAGGCAAUGGCGUUGUUAACGUGCGUUGGGAAAAUGGUCAGAUGAGUGAAUACAGGUUCAGUUUUGAAGGAAAAUUUGAUCUAUUGAUCUGCGACCCGUUCUCGCCGGAGUCUGCCAGGUAUCUUCGAGACCGAAAGAGAAAAGCCGCAGCUAUUUGCCCUGUGAAGGAUUCAUCCAUGAACGUUAAUGAAAAUGCUUUCUUAACAGCACCAAGCACCGGCUCCUGUUCAUCUGCUAAUGACCAUAAUUUUAAGACUGAGAGGACAUGCGAAAAACCUGUGGAGAGUCCUCCUAUCUUGAAAGUUUCCAGGGGAAAAUAUUUUAAGAAUGAUAGAAUGGAUGAUGAACUUUCUGACAUAGAGGUUGACUGCGAAACAAACUCUUUGAUAAAUAAUGCCGUCGAUCAGUGGUUUUGGAAAGAUGGUAAUGGAAAAUGGAUUCCAUAUCCCAAAAAAAUGAACGAUAAAAUCAACAGAAGUUACAAACGAAACCCUGGUUCCACUGUUGUAGUUACAAUAAAAGACCAAACAUACAGGGUAGUUAUGGCCAAAAAUAUGCAUAUAAAUUUGACAACAAGGGAGGAGUCUAAAGUUAAAUUUGUAAAAUUUGAUUUAUAA